AUGUUGUCGAAUUACAAUCUACCCAAUCUGGAAGCACUCAUUAGCAGUGUGCGAGAGAAAAACUUGCCUCAGACGUUUGAUUCGUUCCACUCACCACUUUCUGAGCCGAAUGCUGGCCAACACUUCUACCCUGGAAGUUUAGCAAAGAGAGCUUCAUUGACACCACCAGAAUUUUGGGGAAAAUACGACAAGAGAGAUGUUUGUUCGUCGGAUAGCAUGUCUCACACCACUACUGUGUCUAGCUCCAGUCUCUCAAACACAGCGACUUACGAGGAUGAUGAAGAUGAUAUAAUCGAUGAUCCGGCGCCGUUGGGCACAAUGGAUGACCUUUCCCAUUCAGACUCGCAGGGUAGUGUUGCUAUUGCCACUCGUCAUUCUUAUCACCUCUCUGGUCGAUAUUCUUGUUCUCGUGGAAAAUAUAAAUGUAUGCUGGAUGUUAAUUCACCAAUGGAUGAACAUGGCGCGGUUUUCUUGAGUGAUGCCAUUCAUGAUAAUAAUGUUGAGCAAGAAAAUUAUGCACUAACUGGAAACAUGCUGAACCCAGAUAUGAGGUUACCCAGUUCAUCCUCUGCUAUAUCAAUAAGCGAUCGUUAUUCGAUUGGAAGCGAGUGCAGCUCGACGUUGAGCUCUCAGGCUCACUAUGUUCAUGGAUCGUUCACCAGCAUCGACUCGCAAAUGUUAUCAGACGCA